AGAAGAAAAGUCACGACCAGCUUUCAGCCUGACAUCGAAAAAGGUGGUAAAAAUACUGAGUUUGGAUUUGAUGAUGCCUCUAUUAGAGCGGGAUUUGUCCGAAAAGUCUUUGCCAUCGUGGCAAUUAUGGUAAUCGCUAAGCCAAUCCAAGAUUGUCUGAUUUGCAUACUCAUGGUGACACCUGUUAUUGUAGUUACGGAACUGAGGGAGCUGAUGAUUGAAAACAGAUGGAUAUACCUCCCUGCAUUGGUGGUAUUCUUUAUAUCGUAUUGUGCACUAUUGUGCUGUCAAACAAUGGCUAGGAAUUUCCCUAUGAACCUCAUUAUGUUGGCGCUAUUCGUAAGUUCAAACAGUUUAUGA